CCUGACCUCAGGUUAUCCUCUCGCUUUGGUCUCCCAGAGUGCUAGGAUUACAGUGUAAGCCACAGCGCCAGGCCUACUCUGGGCUUUUGAGGGUUAGUUUUCCUCUGUAUUAUUAUUGAAGCAACAACCCCUGGCUUAGCCUUUAGUGUAAACACUCCAUUAACUACCCUCCAUUUCUCUUUUUUCUUUGUAAAGCCUCCAUUUCCAUCACCCCCUCUGUACUUGAUCAGGUCUUAGGCUACAUGGUAGAGUCAGUCCCUUGACCUUGACUCAGAUAGCUGCUUAAGCAGUAAGGGAGGAGCCAACUGUUUCUGUUAAAAAUGGAACAAAUCAGGAGCUCAUAAACGAACAUCUUCUUCUACCCAGUCCUGUCUUGGCUCCUCCCUACAGUAUUCAUGAGUUUGGCAAACAUUUGCUCCCUGCCUGUCAGAUGCCAGGCCCCGUGCUUGCUGUUGAAGAUUCCAAGUUGAGUAAUUCACAGUCCUUACCUUCAAGGAACUCUUAGCCUAGUGAGGUGAGACAGAUAAACAAACAGAUGUAAUAACCUGUUAAAGGUACAGUCAUAGCUGGGUAAGAAGGGGUCAUUUCUGCUGGGGGUGGGUGUGGUAUGAAGUGUCAGGAAAGAAUUCCUCCAGGAGGUGACCCUUGUGCUGUGGCCUUGAACUGACUAUUGAUGGCAGCAGGAACAAUCAGGUUCUUGAGGUUUAUUUGAAUGCCAGUUUGUUGAGGGAGGAGAUAGGCAGUCUACAGGAAGGCCUUGUUACGUUAACUUUAUAUUUUGUCUAAAUAGGUAAUAUUUGUACAAAAUACAGCACUAAAGGAGAUUAAAAGGGAAUAUAUGCAGUGAAAAAUGUUUUUCUCCUUCCCUGUUAACCACUCAGUUCUUCUCCCUGAAGGCAGUUGUUAGUUAUCAAUUUCUUGUGCAUCAUUCCAGAGGAAUUUUCAGUGCAUAUAGGUAUAUAUGUGUGUGUGUGUCUUUUAAAAAUACAUACAUACAUGUAAAUGAUUUUCUACAUGUACUAAUUUUAGAAGUCAUUCUGUAUUAGCAUAGAUUAAACUACACUGUUCUUUUGAAACCACUGGUAUUCUUUUGAGCGUACUGUAACUUAUUUCACUAGUCCCCGUUUGAUGAACUUAGGUUGCUCCAAUCUUAUGCCUUUACAAACCAGGCAGUGAAUAUCCUUCAUAUAUGUCAUUGGAAAUGUGAUUUCCAAGGACAGAUUCUAGAAACGGAAUUGAUAGGUCAGAGAAUAUGUGCAUUUUGGGGACAGAUAUUAUCAGGUUGCCUUCCAAUGAGCUCUACUUUGAUGAAAAAAUGCUGAACAUACUUUAUCACUUGGCCCCACAGCACUUCUGCUCCCCCAGUCCUCUAAGAUCCCUGCCAUGGUGAUCUUCUUGUAUGAAUUUGGUCUUGUAAUAGCACUGUUUGGAACCCUUGCAAGCACCAUGUGCUUUUCAGGAUAAGGUUGAAACCCCUUGGCUUAGCCCCUGCCUCCAGCCUCCUCCAGGAGUAUUGUGUGUGCUCUCAUGGUACUCUGAUCCACUUAUAUUUGGUACCUGCUUUUUUUCCCCUCUUCUUAUUUUUUUUUCCCACUAGGCACAUCCUUUAGGAAUCAGUUAAACAUCACCUCCCCUGGGUAGUGUUUCCUGACUACCUCCACUUGUGCACAGAACACCUAACCACCCUAUAUGGCCUCAUCCAUUCAUUACUUAAAUAUUUGUUGUGCACGUGCUAUGAUGUGGGAUACACAGGUGUCAUUCUUGAUGAUCCACUGGUAUUGCCUUGAGGGGUUGACAACUGCCUGGUAGGUUUACCUGGUGUGGCUACAUAUAAAACGGCAGCACCAAAGGGCCCAUCUCCAACUCUGUCACUAACCGGCUGGGGGCCCUGGUCAUAUCCUUUAACUUCCUUGGACCUUAGUUUGCCAUCUGUCAAAUGAGACUGGAACUGGAUGAACUCUAAGGUCCCUGCGGCUGAGGUCUUAUUAAUGAUUGAACAGCAACAGCAGCCAGUGUUUACUGAGGACUUGCAAAGUGUCAGGCACUUUGUCUAUUCUAAUUCUUACACCUUUGCUCUACAAAGACAGUAUGGUUACUAUCCUCAUUGUACAGAUGAGGAAACUGAGGCUAAGAGAGUUAUUGUGACUAAUAGAGGAAACAGAUUUGAAUCUAGGCAUUCUGACUUUAUUGUUCUUAGCCACAUAAAUGCAUACACAUUACUACACACACAAACACCUAGUUUUGUGUACUGUUUUGAGGCACUCACAAGUUCUACCCCUGCACCUCUUCAUGAAGCACCCCCGUUCCACAGCAUUAAAGGCUCAAAUUGGAGUCUAGGUAAAGCUGGGAGCAGAAGACUGCUACAGUCACAGUUAUUAGAGGGGGUGAGGACAAGUGGCUAACUCUGUUCAUGAGCCUUUGGCUAAUGCUUAUAGAAGACACUCAUAACUGCUCUUCCUUCGGACUGAGACAUUCAUGUUGCUGUUUUCUGUUCCCCUCUUUAGGAGGGGGACAUAGGCCCGAGUCAAGCUUCAGACAUGGAUUAAAAUCAUAUCUGGUUAGUAACCUUGGCAGAAUCUCAGGGGCAUCCUUUAUUAGGAUUGUAGAUGGCAGACUCCCUUAUCUAUACACAUAAAGCCUUAUUAAUGGGGAAGAGUGUGUGUAGAAUUAAAAAAAAAAGGAAGUAUAAUAUUAUUUGGAAUACCUAUUAUAAACUGGAAUAAAUGAGCAACUGGCAAAUGAAAUAAAAUAAUUGAACUAAAAUAUAACAGGCCCACUUCAUAUUGUAUUAUCAACCCAGCGGCCUCCCUAAAGGCAUGUAGAAAAUAAUCCUAAAAGUGCUGACCCCAGAUUUUUUUUUUUUUUUUUUAAGAUGCUGGUUCCUACUCUUCUGAAGUCUAUCUGAACCAGAGUGGGUGGUAGGGCUAAUUAGCAAUUAUAGCCCGUCCUCCACCCCCCUGUCACUGUCAGGGUCAGCCAACAGAAUGUGGUCACAGGUGUGUCGGGUGAGCCUUGAUUAAUUAGUCCAUUUUUGAGAUUCAAGGCUGUCGAGUCAGAUCCUCAGGGGCUCGGCCAGCCUCUGGCGGUUUAGCAAACUGGCUGAGCCCUCAGCUCCCACUGCUGCAUUCCUUCUCUAGGUGGUGUAUUUCCCCCUUUAAGACACGUGUUCUCUCUCUCUCUCUCUUUUUUUCCUUUUGGUUAGUUGAACUUGUUCUGAGUCCAAGUGACAAAGGCAAGGCCUGACUCAGGCGUAGGAGCCUGUGUCAACAUCCACCUUUGCUCCUCUGUGCUGGAGCCUGCCGGGCAGUUUCUGACAGCUCUGCUGUGCCUGACGGAUGUCCAGGUGAAACAUGUCCACGUGAAGCAGAGCCCGUCUCCUGGCCCUAUUGAAAAACCUGGCUCCGGGAUGCUGAUGGCAGCUUGAUGCAGGCCUUGGCAUUUCCCCAGGGAGGAAUUGAAAAGCCACUUCUGUGCUUGUCUCUUCUGGCAGCAGGGAUUCAAUUGCUAGAAUUCUUUCAACUUUGUGAAUCCAUCUCUGGUUGACUUUAGGAUUCUUACUUCUGGAUUUUAAAUUUUUUCUCUUAAAAAAAACUUGGACGGAUAAAAGAUGUGCCAUGGCAGGAUAGCACCAAAGAGCACCUCAGCGUUUGGCGUGUCCUCUGUGAGAUAUGGAGCAUUCCUUCCACUGGUGAUCCUUAGCACCCUGCUUGGAGAUGGGCUCGCUUCCGUGUGCCCCCUGCCACCAGAGCCAGAGAAUGGUGGCUACAUCUGCCACCCCCGGCCCUGCAGAGACCCCCUGACAGCGGGCAGUGUCAUCGAAUACCUGUGUGCUGAAGGCUACAUGUUGAAGGGCGAUUACAAAUACCUGACGUGUAAGAAUGGCGAGUGGAAACCGGCCAUGGAGAUUAGCUGCCAUCUCAACGAGGAGAAAGAUACCCACACAUCACUCGGGGUCUCCACGCUGUCUAUAGUGGCUUCCACUGCCAGCUCCGUCGCAUUCAUUCUCCUCCUCGUGGUGCUGUUUGUGUUACUGCAGCCAAAGCUGAAGUCCUUCCAUCAUAGCAGGCGUGACCAGGGCGUGUCAGGGGACCAGGUCUCCAUCAUGGUGGAUGGAGUCCAGGUCGCACUACCGUCGUACGAGGAGGCUGUGUAUGGCAGUGCCGGUCACUGUGUGCCGCCCGCUGACCCCAGAGUGCAGAUCGUGCUGUCAGAAGGCUCCGGGCCCAGUGGGAGGAGUGUGCCGCGGGAGCAGCAGCUACAGGACCAGGGAGCCUGCUCCUCUGCGGCUGGAGAGGAUGAGGCCCCAGGCCAGUCUGGACUGUGUGAAGCCUGGGGCUCCCGGGGCUCGGAGACUGUGACGGUGCAUCAGGCAGCCACUUCUUCCUGGGUGGCCGGCUCAGGGAACAGCCGACUGGCACACAACAAAGACACUGCAGAUUCAGAGAACAGUGACAUACAAAGCCUCUUAUCCCUCACUUCAGAGGAGUACACAGAUGAUAUUCCACUGUUGAAAGAAGCAUGAGGGCUGCAGCCAGCCUCUCCUCUCCUCUCUGUGAGGGUCCUCUGCCCUUCUCCCUCUCCCUGUGGGUAUGAGCACCCUGUACUCUCCAGCCACCCUGCCCGGGUACCUGAGCUGCCACCUGUGUAUCUGUGUAUCUCUGAGGGCCUGCAGGCCCACCUCGUUGGAAACUCAAGGAAGAUUCUCGCCAUCUGCCUGCUGGACAGCUGGAGGAGCUGGCUCUUUGCCUGGCCCAGCCUUCCCAUCUGUCGGGGACAUAUUUGAAUGUGCUGGAUCGAGCCCUCCCUUUCCCUAAGCCUCUGGGUCCCCUCCAGCCAGCUCUUUGGCAGCAGCCCCAUGGGUUGCGUGGGCUGAUGCUGCCAUGUUUACUUGUGCCUUCCCCACCCUGCCCAGUUUUCCCUGUUGUCUUGCUGUCCACAAGCCUUUGUGGCUGCACUGCUGCCCCCUGCCACCCAGGGGCCCGGCCUGGGUCUGGCCUGUUUCCUUUGAGGGCUGUCACCGCUGCCAUUUGCAGGAGCAGAUCCAAGAGUGAGAGCUCUUGAGUCAGGAUUGGCUCUAAUUGGGGCAAGAGUGUGGGUCCCUGGGCUUGCCCUGGGUUGACACCAGUGGCACGUUUCCUUGGCUGAAGAUAGAGGAUUUGGAAAAUUAUGCCAAAGCUGCCCUAGCGCCUGGCUCAGAGGUGCAGGCUCCUGGCCCUGUUGAGUUGAGAGUCUCCAAGAAGCAUCCAGAAGAUCCUGAGGGUGGUAAAGCAGGUGGCUGAUAAUGAUUGUCUUCCUAAUAUGCAAGUUCUCACUUCCUACUUCCAGCAUUGGCCUUCCUGGCCUCGGUUUUUUUUUCUGUUUCCCUGGAGUAUAAGGGGAAGUUUCAUGCUGCCUCCUGGGUUUUAUCCCAGAGAGCUCUGGCUUCCUUGCUGCUCACAGGAGCCGGGGGCAAGAGAGUUGCUGUGAUGCCGUGGAGUGCCCAUCUGGUCACUGGCAGCCUGGGCAACUUGCACCUUUCUGGGUUUGUGGUGAUGGAGGGGAGGCUGAAAGGCACAGACCGAGUCCCCGGUUGGCUGCAGGCAGCUUCAGCCCGGUCCUGAGGAUCCUCCCCACCACGGUCACGUGCCUUAGUAACUGUGCCCAGGAAGUGGCCUGCUGCUUGCUGCGCUGCUGCUUUUCCUACUUUUCUGCCCUUCUCUGCCACCCUUCCGCAUGUCUCAGCUGACAGGAGACUCCUCCUCUUCCCUGGCACCCUGGGGGAAGGGCUGAGAAACAGUCUGUGUGCACCUCUGACCUUACCGGCCUGAGGUGGGGGGAGGGGCGUGGAGCAGCCUGGGGUGCAGGGCCCUUGGUGGAGGAGCCCUGGCGAUGAGGGGGUGCUCCCGCUUAUUAGCCACGUGUUGAGUGCUGACCAGUCUGGGUGUACCAUCUCCACCAGGCCACUAUCUUCAAAAGAUAGAUGUGGCAUUAAGGAAUGUUUGUUUCUGUUUUUUUUUUUCCUGAAGCACUGGGGCUGGGAAACUUCAAAACUGACUCUGUGCAUGUCUGCUCCUCCCCCGAGCCUCUCUACUUGGGGUGGUAAAAAUAAUAAAAAGCUCAGUGUAUUUUCAGUCCCUCACCGAGCAGGAGCAGGGUUAGCUUCAGGCGUGGGUGGCCGGAAGGUGAGGGGAACGGCAUCCUCCCAGCCGCUGCCCUCACCUCCUGCCUCCACUGUCACACACGCACUUUACCGCCUGGUUGUCCCCUGGCCUCUUGCCGCACGUAGUCUUCCUUCCUUCCUCUCAGGGUAAGGGCAGUGCCUGCUGUGCCUGUUGGCCACCCUUCCGCCCCCAGGAGCCCUCGUCUGCUGUGCCCAAAGCCCAGGCAAGCAUGGUUAGGUAGGAAACAGUUUGGAGAAGGUGCUAGAACUAGAAGGGAGAUGAGACUGGUUAGGGAGGGGGGUCCCUAAUGGCCCUACUCACCUUGCCACAUGGGCUCGCCUUCACCCAUAGUGCUGGCCUUGUCUUCCUCCAAAAUAGAAGGCAGCGGCAGAUGGGGUGAGGGGAAAGAAAUACAGUCUCACUGCUGAGCCUUCAGCUUCGCUCUUCCACUCUUCCAAAACCUGACUUCUAGAAUAUUUUUUAAAAUGGAAGAUCUUGUCCUUUUCUACCUUGCUACUCUGGGCUUUUUCCCCCUAAGAGAUUGCACUUUUUGUUUUGGGUUUAUUUGGUAAAAUGAAAAGCCUGCCUUCUCCCAAAGCCUCCUUCCACCUCGCCCUCCAUUAACACUGCUCUGGGAAUCACAAGCCCAGGCUUGCCCACUUGGUAGGAGAGUAAGAAAUCAGAACAAUGGGAGCCUUAGAUUCCCUCCCCUCCCUCCUGUCACUGGCUUUGCUGAGGCCCACUUCCUGGAGGCUCCUGGGCCUGCUGAAGUCUAUGACAGCUUCUUCCCCCAGUUAUUUCUCUUUUCCCCAAAGCAAUUUCUUAAUCAUCAGCCAUGUGCUGCUGUUUCUAGGGCUUCUGGGCUUUGUCCCUUGCAGAGGGAUUAGAGACUCCACAGCUGCCUUGAGAUGGGGGCCUGGCAGAGAGACCAGGGCUGGUGUCGGAUGGCAGGCUGUUAGGAGGGAGGCUGCUGGAGGAGCCCGGAGAAGGUGGGGACACACUGUGGCCACAGCCCUGCUUUCCCAGGAUCAUCUCUGGGGGCGUCCAGCAGAAGGCUGGUCCAGAAGAAAUGGUCAGCACCAAAGGACUUUUAAAAGGGUGGUUUUUUUUUUUUUUUUUCUUUCUUUUGCACAUUUGAGCUGACUCAAUGCAGGUUUUAUAUCCUGGUAACUUGCAGUCACAUUCUAGUGAUUUUCAAGGGCCAGAAUAUGGUAAAAUCACUUAAAAUUUCCGUCCCCUCCAUGCCUUAGUUUAGCAUGUUGGCUGUAUCUGUCGCCAUUUCUGUGUUUCGUGUGCUGUGUUCCCAUUUCACUGGGUGUAACUAUGAAAUGGGCUAGUCCUGGCCACUUUGGUUUUAUAAGGCAUUUUCCAUGUACAUUCUACAAGCACUCCAUUUGCAAACAGAACUUAAACUAACAUAGUCUCCCCCAUUCAUCUUGCCCUCCUCCUCCCACCCCCAGCUUUAAAGCUCUGUGCAGAAGCCUGAAGGCGAGACAGACAAAGGUAUACUUUUCCUGCUUCAUUGGUGGUGGCACGGGUACCGAUCCUUUCCCUCCUAGUCCCAGCUGAGCUCUCAGACCACUUGCUUCCCACGUAAUAGUGUCGCCUCCACUUCCGGGGAACGUCCUUAUAUAGAGAAUGAAAUAUGCUGCAAACAUUUCUACAUCCUUACUUUUUUUUCCCCCCUCCUCAAAGAGAAAAAGGGCCUAGAAGGGAAGUGGCACGCAGGCUUCACAGCUUAAUUCCAGAUGUGCUUGCCAAGGACAGCGAGGCUGGGAUCGUCUCUCAUGGGGCCUGCCGGGUCUCCUGACUCUCGGCAUAGGGAUAGUCAUUACUGGUGCCCCAAGGAGGGGCUUGGAGAAUAUUUUGCUUGGCAGAUGUUUGGUCUGAGUGGUGCGUUUGCUGGUUCCCUGGAGAGGGAAAUGUGGCAGGCCCAGCUUUGCUGGGAAGCAAUUCUUAAUUUCCAGUUGAAAACCUAGUAGAAUUUUGAACAAAAACCCCAAGUUUGAGCCCUCUGCCAAGCAGCAGAGCUAGUUGGAGAGGACACAGGGGCAGAGCACUCGGAUUGCCAAGCAGGGAGGAGGGAUGGAUGCAGGUUGUGUGACAGCCCCUGUACCCUGCCCUGGCUUCUUCAGGUUACUGCACCACUAUGGAACCCUUUGUAGAAUGGUACACAUAAUGGUUUAAAACAAUACAUUCGCAAUUGACCCUGUGCAGGAUGUCACUCAAUCAGUUUGGAUUUGCUUUAUUUUAUUUCAUAUAUAUAUUUUUUGGUAUCCUGUACAUUGCAGUGGGUGUGAAGAUAGUAUUUUAAUAUUUGUACAAAGUUUAAUUUAAUUUUAAUUGUUCUAUGUAUAUAACUGCAUUUCUAAGUAAUAAUUAAAAAAAAAAAAAACAUUCUUAUGAAGGCAA